AUGCUAAACUUCUCUCUUUUUCCACCCCAAUUGAAUCAAAAUCAUCUAAGUAUAAUCAUGCAUUUCUUGCAUUUUAUGCUCGGGGUGGCUGCCCUCGGUCCAGCCCCAGCCUUCGGGGACAUCACCUCCAGUCUGCAGAGCAUCCUCCGGAACACCCACGGCAGCAAAGACUAUGGGUAUCCAACAGAUUUAACCAGGGAUUUGCUCCCGGUGACGAUUAUUGGCGAGAUGAGCCUUUUUAUACCGGUUGGUGAAAUUGUAAUUGCUCUUCAUCACUUCCCUAAUGCUGAAUUUCCAGGCCUGUCGCAUGGCUGCACAUCUACUGAAGCAGAUGUCUGGCUAUACAACGGCACUCUAUAUGUCGGACAUGAUCAAUCGGCUCUCACGACUUCGAGGACCCUUGAAUCAUUGUAUAUCAAUCCAAUUCUGGAUGUUCUGGAGCGACAGAACCCAGAAAGCCCAUUCCUGUCAAAGCCAACAAAGAACGGUGUCUGGGACACCGACACGGAACAAACGCUGUAUUUCUUCAUCGACGUGAAAACCUCAGGAGUCGAAACCUUCAAGGCAGUCAUUGCCGCCCUACAACCACUUCGGGAGAAGGGCUAUCUCACCACCCUGAAAGAUGGCACCAUCACCAACGGACCCAUCACCAUCAUCGGCACAGGAGAAACACCCCUGGACUUAGUAGCGCCCGUCCAAGACCGUGACUACUUUUUCGACGCACCACUAGCCGAACUCACCGAUGCCCGCUACGCCAACAUAACAGGCCUCGUUUCACCAGUUGCAUCAACCGAUUUCCAAAAAGCCGUUGGCAAAAUAACAAGAGAUACAGACCCUAUUCUCGGGGAUGAUCAACUGAAGGCUCUGCGCGAGCAGAUCGCCAUAGCAAAUGAGCGUGGCAUCGGGGCUAGAUAUUGGAAUACCCCGUACUUCCCGAUUCGAGUCCGAAACUUAGUCUGGAGGACUUUGCUGAGGGAAGGUGUUAUUUUACUUAAUGCUGAUGAUCUGGAUGCUGUCACUGGGUUUUUCUAG